UAACUUGAUUUUAUGUUUGCUGCCAAGUGUGCCCUUUUACCAAGGCUAACUAAUCAGUUUGAAGCAAUUAAUCAGUUUCACAAAGUGAUUUAGUAGUUUUUAAUCACAUUGAUCCUCUAAUAGACGGCUCAAUCCUUGCCGCGCCAGCAAGCGUUAAGUAUUCAAUGUAUUUAUUGUUGAACGCUGGCUGUAAUUACUGAAGGUAACUAUCAGCGGGAUGCGGAAAUGCAUCCCCGCUUAUGAAACCUCGCCGGUAAAGAAAAACAAUACAGAAAAAUAUUAAAAGAAAGGGAGGGGGGGAAAAAAAAAAAAAAAAAAAAAAAAAAAAAAAAAAAGUAAAAUCCCAGCGCGGGGCUCUCCCCUCAGGCGCUGCCGCCCCGCCCCCUGUGGGCGGCCCCGCGCAUGCGCAGGACGGGCGGGGCGGCCGUGGCCCGGCGGGUGCGCGGGGUGCGCUGCUUCAAACCCCGCUCCUUCAAACCCCGCUGCUUCAAACCCAGCUCCUUCAAACCCCGCUCCUCACCUGCGGGCACGGACAGAGAGGCUGGGGACGGCCGUCCCUCCCCUGGCGGAACAGCAGCCAUGGACGAGCAGAGCGUGGAGAGCAUUGCCGAGGUGUUCCGAUGUUUCAUUUGUAUGGAGAAGCUGCGGGAUGCCCGCCUGUGCCCCCACUGCUCCAAGCUCUGCUGUUUCAGCUGUAUCCGGCGUUGGCUGACUGAACAAAGAGCUCAGUGCCCUCAUUGUAGAGCCCCCCUGCAACUCCGAGAGCUUGUCAACUGUCGCUGGGCAGAGGAGGUCACACAGCAGCUGGACACACUUCAGCUCUGCAGCCUCACAAAGCAUGAAGAGAAUGAAAAGGACAAGUGUGAAAACCAUCAUGAGAAGCUCAGUGUUUUCUGCUGGACCUGCAAGAAGUGUAUCUGCCACCAGUGUGCCCUUUGGGGAGGAAUGCACGGGGGACAUACUUUUAAACCACUGGCAGAAAUCUAUGAGCAGCACGUCACAAAAGUAAAUGAGGAAGUGGCAAAGCUGAGGAGAAGACUCAUGGAAUUGAUCAGUUUGGUGCAGGAAGUGGAGCGGAACGUGGAGGCCGUGCGCAGCGCCAAGGACGAGCGCGUGCGCGAGAUCCGCAACGCCGUGGAGAUGAUGAUCGCCCGCCUGGACACCCAGCUCAAGAACAAGCUCAUCACUCUCAUGGGUCAAAAGACAUCACUUACUCAAGAAACUGAACUUCUGGAAACCCUGCUUCAAGAAGUAGAACAUCAGUUACGGUCCUGCAGCAAGAGCGAGCUGAUAUCCAAGAGUUCAGAGAUCCUGAUGAUGUUCCAGCAGGUCCAUCGGAAGCCCAUGGCCUCAUUUGUCACCACUCCUGUACCCCCAGACUUCACAAGUGAAUUGGUUCCAGCCUAUGAUUCAACUACAUUUGUCUUGGAGAACUUCAGUACCCUGAGGCAGCGAGCAGAUCCUGUGUACAGCCCUCCCCUGCAGGUGUCAGGACUGUGCUGGAGAUUAAAGGUUUACCCGGAUGGAAAUGGAGUAGUUCGGGGCUACUACCUGUCAGUGUUCCUGGAGCUUUCUGCUGGAUUGCCAGAGACAUCCAAGUAUGAAUACCGUGUGGAAAUGGUUCACCAGUCCACCAAUGAUCCCACCAAAAACAUCAUCAGGGAAUUUGCCUCUGAUUUUGAAGUUGGGGAAUGUUGGGGCUACAACAGAUUCUUCCGCCUGGACCUGCUGGCCAACGAGGGCUACCUGAACCGGCAGAACGACACCGUGAUCCUCAGGUUCCAAGUGCGCUCACCAACUUUCUUCCAGAAGUGCCGGGAUCAGCACUGGUACAUUGCUCAACUGGAAGCAGCUCAGACAAGUUACAUCCAGCAAAUAAAUAACCUGAAAGAAAGGCUCGCGAUUGAACUGUCCCGCACUCAGAAAUCCCGAGGGGUUUCCCCUCCAGACACUCACCUCAGUCCCCAGAAUGAUGAGGGCUCAGAGACAAGAGCAAAGAAACCUGGACAAAGCAUUGAAGCACUGCUUGAGAAUUUCACUGCUCCAGGAUUAGCACGGGAGAGCAAGGAAGAGGAGGAGGAGAAGACUCAGCAGGAAGAUUUUAAUCACGAGCUCUCAGAUGGUGACCUGGAUAUAGAUCUUGCUGGAGAAGAUGAGGUGAACCACCUUGAUGGCAGCAGCUCUUCAGCAAGUUCAACAGCAACCAGUAACACUGAAGAAAAUGAUAUUGAUGAAGAAACAAUGUCUGGAGAGAAUGAUGUGGAAUACAGCAGCACUAUGGAGCUGGAGGAUGGAGAUCUCAUGGAGGAUGCAGCAGCUGCUGCUACUCCUGGAGCAUCAGGUACCAGCCACAGCUACAGCAGUGCCAGUGGGAGACCCUCACGGCGAGGAGCCAGUGCCCUGGGCUCCACAGCCAGCAGCAGUUUGCUGGAUAUAGAUCCCCUCAUUUUAAUCCACUUGUUGGAUCUAAAAGACAGAAAUGGCAUGGAAAACCUCUGGGGCCUUCAGCCACGUCCUCCUGCCUCUCUUCUGCAGAACAGAGCCUCGUCCUACUCGCUGAAGGAUCGAGACCAGAGGAGACACCAGGCCAUGUGGAGGGUGCCCCCAGACCUGAAGAUGCUGAAAAGACUCAAAACCCAGAUGGCAGAAGUUCGGAGCAAAAUGUCUGAUGUGAAGAACCAGCUGUCUGAAGUGAGGAGCAGCAAUGGGGAGGGACAGCCCAGCUUCUUCUCCAUCGAGCAGGGGGCCCUGGCUGCCUGUGGCACUGACAGCUGCAGCAAACUGCAGGAGAUAGGGAUGGAACUGCUGACCAAGUCUUCAGUCACCAGUUGUUACAUAAGGAAUUCUGUCAGUAAGAAGAGUCCCUCAGCCAAGCCCCUGCGGUCGGGAGCUGCCGGGAGCCUGUCCCUGAGGAGAGCCAUGGACGGCGGGGACGGGAACCUGCGCCUCAAGGGGGACAGCCACUCUGCUGAGGGAGGCCUGGGGAGCUCCAAGCUGAGUGCUCGGCCCCACGCUCGUGCCCUGGCUGGCCCCGGGGCUGCUGAGGCACUGCCAAAGCAGGAGGAGAGACCCUGUGAGGGAUCAGACUCUGAGCUGGGAGCUUCUGCCUUGAAUGGCUUGGCUGCUGUGGAGAAGAACAGGAAAGUUGGUGCUCUGGGCUCAAACUCCAAGGGAUGUCGGACAGAAGGAGCCCAGUCUGGUGGCCUGGAGAGCAGCUCUGAGCCUGGGGAGCUGCAGGGAAUGAGCUCUGAAGGUGCCUCUGCAGGACCAGAGGAAGUUGGGGUGUGUCAGAAGCACGUCCUGCACCUCCUGCCUGGGAUGAGCAGUGACAGUGACAUCGAGUGUGACACAGAAAACGAGGAGCAGGAAGAUGCCAACUCUCCCUCGGAGAUGUUCAACCAGGCCUUCUCUGUCCAGCCCAGUGAAGAGCUCUCCUCGGUGUUACCAGAUGGGGACCAGGCCAGUUCUGACAAUCUCAGCUUUGUCCCUGGAGAUGACAGCACCAGAAUCUCGGGGUUGGGAGGAUUUGGUGAGGAGAGAGUGGACCUGAACUACAGCAGCCAUAUCUAUGCACACAACUCCUUGUGCCUCAUCUGCCCCUGGGACAGCUGGCACACAGUGCUCCAAAAACAGGUGGGGUUUCUAGGAUGAUGCACCACCAGAAACGUGGUGUAAGUUAAAGUCUGCUUGGCCAUUGUCCUCCAGCGCGCUCAACAAGUCGGCUACAGGACGCUUCUCGCUCGCAAGGACAAUGGAUGGCACUUCUAGGUAAAGGAAAGUUCCACACGUGCAUUUGCACCCACCUCUAGUGCAGAUGGGCUGGGUGAGAGCUCCCUGCUCUGGUGCUGUUCCGCUCUGCACCGCACACGUUCCUCAGGGUUGGCAAAGCGGCGCGGGAGCCCCGCGGCGCUCACAGUGAAGAGCUUAGGAGCGAGGUGUGAGCAGCUCCAGGCAAACCAGCCCCGAGCCCCUUCCUCAAAACCACCCUAACUGAAACAGAACAAAACUAAAGUCGUGUUGUCACUGCUACCUCCUGGUUCUGCAACCACAGUCACCACGUUGACCGAGAGGGACGGGGGGGUUGUGUGAAUGCGGAAAAGGGAUACUUCAGCUCUUUAUUGGAAAGAUUUCGUUGUACAAAUUUUCACUACCACUAAGAUACACGAUAAAAAUACAAAACACAGGUCACAGACUGAAUCUCAGUAUCAACAGUUAAUAAAUACAAUGAGAUACUUCUCUAUUAGCCUAAUAUUUUACACUGUCACCAGAUAGACAAUCAAGGUACGAGAUACAGAACACUUAGAUACCGUUAGAGAGGGAUUAUUGCUUACGUCAGCAAGCAGCAGAUAAGGGCACAGGAGUUUGAACUGAAGGAACUACUUCCUAUCACCAGUGGCAUUAAGAGAAAACACUGCAUUUCACAAGCACUGCUUUUUGUCUAGUGUGUAGAAUCAAGAGCAGCAUAAUCAGACCAAUAACCACUACUUUUAAUAUUAUAGAACUUUAAAGGACUUACCUUACAAAUGGUUCCUAUCUACUCUAUAAAUAUGCAGUUAGUGAGGAAAUGAACACUUGCUCUAUCUAUACAAUGGUUUUACCUGACCACACUGCAACUACGAUGGUGGAUUUUUUUUUUUUUUUCUCCUAGCAAGAUAAAUGGGAUGAGUCGCAGAAUUACCAUUUAUGAAUCCACACCUAAAAAAAGCUAGAUCCUUCCCAAAACAGCACACAUGCAGUCCAGUGCUCUUCAACUGCUCCUGCAGACUGGGAAGAAGUUUUCUCAUCCGUGACAGGUUUGCAUUCUAAUUUACUCACAUCAAAAAUUGCACUUACACCACCUUUCUCUCUGGAACAUGACAGUCAGCUAAAGAUGGACUUUCAGUGAGUCAUUAUUACUGUGAAUAAUUUAAAACAAAGGCACCACAGAGAUGCCCCAGAGUUGCAUAUUUUACCAUUCCAUGGUUUCUCAAAUUUCCUCAGUAAAAUCUGACUUGGAACAGAAGCUGCAGCUAAAGAGAACGUUGACAACAGCUAAGGCAGAAUAAGAUGGCAGAUAAGAGCCAAUGAUCCCGUAAGAUUAAAACAAAAUCUGAAAAAGAUCAAAGGAAUCUAAAGCCACAC